GGCGGUAGCGCGACAUUGAUGUCAAGCCAAUCACUGUGUGAAAAUGAAGCAAAGAAUCAGGACCGUUGCAUUAUUGCUAGUAUUUUUGUAUCUAUUGCGUUCAAGUUCAGCAUCAAUCUCAGAGCUGUGCAACAAAGAGAGCUGCUACAUCCCCACUGACCAAAACUUGCAGCUGCAUGCGGCACUGUACACUGAUGAGCUUCAGGCUAUAGUGGAAGCUAGAUGCUUUGCUGCAUGCUCCAGUGAAAUACUUGAUGAGGCUUCUCUGGUAUCUGCUCCACGACCAUUUGUGGACCCCUCCUUUCUACAUUGUGAUAAUGUAUCCAAGAUUGAGGACUGCACCCAAGGAUGUGUGAUUAAAGCAACGAUGAAUUUAACCUCAAGCUUGUGCACUGGACAAUGUAGGACUGACUGUGUGGAGUGUGAGAGCACUGAUCAGUGUAGUCAGCUAUAUUCUGACACCACUUGCUCUAGAACCUGUAGUGAGGAGUAUUGCAGACAAGGUUGCUCAAUCUCUAAUGGCAGUGAUAACACAGUUGACGACCACUCUCUGCUUGAUUCACCAACUCUCCAAAAGGUUACACAAUCACCAGAAUUGUUUCGAGCUGGACUUUUCGAUUUCUCAAUUAGUUCCAUCCCAUCAUUGAAUAGCACUGUCUCGGUUUUGAUAAUUAAAAUAGAGUACCAAGGGAACGCAAGUGUUGAGACCAAGUAUCUACUUUAUCAUGUCCCACCAAGUGUUUUGGAUUUGAGUCGUCUGGCUUGUACGACAGUUGCUGUUUCUGUUGGCCUGGUUACUAGAGAGGGUGGUUUUGGUUUCUCUGACACUACAAUGGUGUGUGUCCAUGGAGAGACGAGAUUCCCCGGGAAACCAACUAAUUUGACUAUCCAAGUGAGUGAGGAUUUCCGAGAUGGCUUCGCUGGUCUGGCUAGGGCUAUAAUCACGCUUAACUGGCAGAAACCUACAGAUUCUGAGUACAUUACACACUACAAUAUUCUUCUGCAACAGCCAGCAUUCAGACCCAAUUGUGGUAUGAGGUUACAGCUUUACACUGCAAACAAGAAUGCUACCAGCUUUAAGAUGGCUGCCAGGAGAGCUACUGAUGGACCAGUGUUUGGUUCACUAAGAGGAUGCCUAUACAACAUCAUUGUUCAAGUAAAACCCGGCUCAGGGCGCUUUGCAGUGCUACCGCGUGAAUUCAUUAGCAGAGUUAGUGGAGAGAAACCUACGCUCGAUUUACGAUGCUUCUCUCGUCAAAAUGAGAACACUGGUCAAUUCUCAGUUCUAGCUGUCUGGAGUAUCAUUCCUAAUGGUCACAAUUUCACUGCUAUCCAUGAGAGUUUAUCUCGUGCCGAUGUGUUUGUCAUGGUGAAACCUGUCAAUAGCUCUAUUCCUGGACCAGGAAGAACGUUGGUAUCCAAAAAAAUAGCUGUUGGAUCCGAUUCAAUAGGAAAGGAGAAUGGACGUUUUAUAUAUCAUCUCACCAGUAAUUUUUCUGGCUCGUUCUUUGUACAUGCAUUACCACUGGAACUUGUGGAUACUCGUUUUGAGAUCCAAUCCAUUCGCAAUGAAGAGUUCUUUUAUCGUCUGCUACCACCAAUGCAAUUUUGCUCCAUAACAACCAAGCCCUUACCCCCUCGUGCGGUAGACCAAGCCACCAUUACAGUAGAGCAAGAAAACUUGUCACCUAUCCGAAAGAAUCUCACCAUCAGUUGGAUGUCUCCUAAUGUGACGUAUGGGAGAAUUGAAAGAGAGCAGAUUAGAAUCUUGACUGAGCCUGUAAUGAGUAACAUUAUCAACGAGGAGCUUAUUGUCCACCUGGAAGAUAUUGAAAGAGAUAAUGAAACGGACCCCAUUCAAAGAAUUGCUCAGUUCUCCAGCAUUGUGGUACCAAACAAUCAGCUGUGUCUCUUCAUUCAGAUUCGUGUUAGCAAUCUGUUCCUCUGGAGUAACUGGUCUACCCCCUUCCCCCUACCCACAAACACCUCCCUAUCUACCAACUGCACUCUACUACAUGUACCCACCCCCAGUAACAAUGGCAGUAACGGUGGUAGCGGUACGGUACCGGAGUCAAUUGUGAAUACUGUAACAUACAUAGUGACAUUCACCACACUGGGGUCAGUGGGACUGAUUGCCAUGGUCGCUGGUGUUGGGCUCUCCUGUCUGUGUUGUCUGAAUCACAAGAAGAAGAGAAAUUUAAUAAAGCAAUUAUUAAGUGAUGCACCCCAUUUGGUACCCGAGACUGGGAUCUGUCCCAAGCCCAUCAAGUCACUGCCUAUUUUUGACCCGUGGGAAAUCCCCCGAGGCAACGUGAUACUGGAGGGUGACAAUUUAGGAGACGGCUGUUUCUCUAAAGUGUACAAAGGAAUAGUGAAGGGACCCAUCUCUUCUUCGAAGGUCAUGAAAAGGAGUAUUUGUAAAACAGUGGCCAUCAAGCUACUCAAAAAUACGACUGAAAGCUCUGACAAGAAAUGCUUUCUGGAUGAGAUAGAGUUGGUUAAGAAGAUCGCUGAGAGGAGCAAUCCGUAUGUGGUUGGUCUAGUGGGAUGUGUGACCCUUCAGGAACCAAUGUGUCUGCUUACUGAGUUCGUACCUCAUGGAAACUUGGAGAUCUAUCUCCAGGCCAUCAAGAAAAUGGCGCAGCGUAGAAGGAAGUUUAGUGGAGCUACCAGUACCAUAUCACAACCCGACUCUGGUUAUCAGGAUCAAAAUUCAGGUGGAACGUUGUUUUCCCUCAGCGACUUGUCUAAUGGAAUAUGCAUGACCUCUCUGCCUAGCCUCGUCAUAGACACACCCACUCCAGCUCGUGCCACGCCCCCAGAUGGUACCACUUAUGAUCACCUUGAUGAGAAGGAAACUCAAGAAUAUGAUCACUUAGAGAUUGAAAACGAUAAUGCUCCUAGCGUAGAUGGUGGGUUGCUAUUCAAGAGUUACCAGGACAGAGUGGAGCCUGACGAAUUUAUUUCAUUUGCUUUCCAAAUUGCGUCGGGAAUGGUUUACAUCAGCAGUCUAAACAUUGUCCAUCGUGACUUGGCCUGUCGUAACAUCCUGGUUUGCAAUGACAAAAGUCUAAAGAUCACUGAUUUUGGACUGUCUCGUGUCCUCACUUCUGAAUCAGACCAAGAGCUGUACAUCAAGACCGAUCAAACCAACGUGAAGUUGCCUUGGAAGUGGAUGGCCAUUGAGGCUUUGAAAAAUGGAGUGUACAGUAGCGCUUCGGAUGUGUGGUCUUUUGGCGUGUUGCUCUGGGAGAUUGCAACACUCUGUGAUUUCCCGUAUCCACAUAUUACUAGUUUCGCUGAACUCUUGAACUAUUUGGAGAGUGGCAGUCGACUUGAGUCUCCAACCAAAACACCCCCGGAAAUCGAGGAGUUAAUGAAGGAGUGUUGGAGGGAAGAGGCUGAAAAUAGGCCAUCAUUUGUUGCUCUGAAAAAGAAAUUUGUGCGAACACUGUCUGAGAAAAAUGCUUACACCCACUUCAUCAACUGUGUACCAGAAGAAGGAAGCUUAGAGGCUGAAACAAACGCUCCAAGUUGUGCUCACAAUGACAAAGACGAUAAGGCCUCCAUGAGCAGUAGCUCUGAAGGUUCCCCUCCUCCUGCUGAAGAAGAAGGGAAUCACUCCACCAUUGCUCAGAGGGACAGCUAUAAUCCUUAUGUGGGUACACCCAAACGCUUGAAGGUCUUUGAUGUCAACACCUCAGUGUUUGCCAUCUCUUCUGAUGCGGAUGGUCUGUAUAUAGAUAGCUAAUUAUGUGGAACUAUAAAUCCUAACAACAAUUUCAUUCAAUUCUCUUGCUGUUUUAUAAUUAUAAUUA